CAGAACACGUAUGACCGCUGCCCCAUGGAGCUGGUCCGCUGCAUCCGGCACAUUCUGUACAACGAACAGAGGCUAGUCCGAGAAGCCAACAAUGGCAGCUCUCCCGCCGGAAGCCUGGCCGACGCCAUGUCCCAGAAGCACCUUCAGAUCAACCAGACGUUCGAGGAGCUGCGGCUGGUCACGCAGGACACGGAGAAUGAGCUGAAGAAGUUGCAGCAGACCCAGGAGUACUUCAUCAUCCAGUACCAGGAGAGCCUGAGGAUCCGCGCUCAGUUGGACCAGGUGUCCCAGAUGAGCCCCCAGGAGCGCCUGAGCCGGGAGCCGGCCCUCCAGCAGAAGCAGGUGGCCCUGGAGGCCUGGCUGCAGCGUGAGGCCCAGACGCUGCAACAGUACCGCGUGGAGCUGGCUGAGAAGCACCAGAAGACCCUGCAGCUGCUACGGAAGCAGCAGACCAUCAUCCUGGAUGACGAGCUGAUCCAGUGGAAGCGGCGGCAGCAGCUGGCGGGGAAUGGCGGGCCCCCCGAGGGUAGCCUGGACGUGCUGCAGUCCUGGUGCGAGAAGCUGGCUGAGAUCAUCUGGCAGAACCGGCAGCAGAUCCGCAGGGCUGAGCACCUGUGCCAGCAGCUGCCCAUCCCCGGCCCCGUGGAGGAGAUGCUGGCUGAGGUCAACGCCACUAUCACGGACAUCAUUUCCGCCCUGGUGACCAGCACGUUCAUCAUCGAGAAGCAGCCCCCUCAGGUCCUGAAGACCCAGACCAAGUUUGCGGCCACCGUGCGCCUGCUGGUGGGCGGGAAGCUGAACGUGCACAUGAACCCCCCGCAGGUGAAGGCCACCAUCAUCAGCGAGCAGCAGGCCAAGUCCCUGCUCAAGAACGAGAACACCCGCAAUGAGAGCAGCGGUGAGAUUCUGAACAAUUGCUGCGUGAUGGAAUAUCACCAGGCCACAGGCACCCUCAGCGCCCACUUCAGGAACAUGUCCCUGAAGAGGAUCAAGCGUGCUGAUCGGCGGGGCGCAGAGUCUGUGACAGAGGAGAAGUUCACGGUUCUGUUUGAAUCUCAGUUCAGUGUUGGCAGCAAUGAGCUCGUGUUUCAGGUGAAGACUCUGUCCCUACCGGUGGUUGUCAUCGUCCAUGGCAGCCAGGACCACAAUGCCACUGCCACUGUGCUUUGGGACAAUGCCUUUGCCGAGCCGGGCAGGGUGCCGUUUGCCGUGCCUGACAAAGUGCGGUGGCCGCAGCUGUGCGAAGCGCUCAACAUGAAGUUCAAGGCCGAAGUGCAGAGCAGCCGCGGCCUGACCCAGGAGAACCUCGUGUUCCUGGCACAGAAGCUGUUCAACGGCAGCGGCGGCCACCUGGAGGACUACAGCGGCAUGUCCGUGUCCUGGGCCCAGUUCAACAGGGAGAACCUUCCGGGCUGGAACUACACCUUCUGGCAGUGGUUCGAUGGGGUGAUGGAGGUUCUGAAGAAACACCACAAGCCCCACUGGAAUGAUGGGGCCAUCCUAGGUUUUGUGAAUAAGCAACAAGCCCAUGACCUGCUCAUCAACAAGCCCGAUGGGACCUUCUUGUUACGCUUUAGUGACUCCGAAAUCGGGGGCAUCACCAUUGCCUGGAAGUUUGACUCCCCCGACCGCAACCUGUGGAACCUGAAGCCAUUCACCACGCGGGACUUCUCCAUCAGGUCCCUGGCCGACCGGCUGGGCGACCUGAGCUAUCUCAUCUACGUGUUUCCCGAUCGCCCCAAGGACGAGGUCUUCUCCAAGUACUACACUCCUGUGCUUGCCAAAGCAGGCGACGGAUACGUAAAGCCACAGAUCAAGCAAGUGGUCCCUGAGUUUGUGAGCGCAUCUGCAGAUGCUGGGGCCAGCGCCACGUACGUGGACCAGGCGCCCUCCCCGGCUGUGUGCCCCCAGGCUCACUAUAACAUGUACCCCCAGAACCCUGACCCCGCCCUCGACCAGGAUGGGGAAUUCGACCUGGAUGAGACCAUGGACGUGGCACGGCAUGUGGAGGAACUCCUGCGCCGGCCGAUGGACAGCCUGGACCCCCGCCUGUCCCCCCCAGCCGCGGCGCUCUUCACCUCCGCCAGGGGCUCCCUCCCAUGAGUACUGCGUCCCAGGCUUCUCUCUGGAAACGGGAAUUCAGCGUGGAGACCUCGGGCUCCUUGUGGCUUUAGCAUCGCUGCACAUUCUGACGCCCUUGCAGCCUGCCCGUGUACCAGGGCGUGCAUGCAUAUGUGUGUGUGUGUUGUGUGUGUGCACAUGCACCUGCCUCGCCUGCACUGGGUGUG